CCCACCAGUAAUGGUGAAAUAUGGGUAUUUAAUAGGGUUAGUUCUGAAUAUUCUGAUUACUACGUGGAUGGGUGCACCUAGCAUCUAUGUAUAUGAUUGUUCAAAUGCAGGUAUUAUUGUGGAGUCUUUUCAACAAUUUGCAGAACAACAUGAAAAAGAAUAUGAGAUGGAAAAACAGGCAGUUCAGCAGAAUCGUGCCACUGGAGUUGUAGGUGCAACAGCACCAUCUUAUAAAAAUUGUAUUCAAUUGGCAGCAUGUGCAGCUAAUCAGAUUUUGCCUAUGAAUCCAGAUUUACCAGCGGACAUAUUUACAUCAUGUCUUACAACUCCAAUUAAAAUUGCGUUACGAUGGUUUGUAAUGCAAAAUACAUCCAAAUUGGUACCAAAAAUAUCAUUAGAUUUGAUUGACAAAAUUCCAGGACAGCUGACUGAUAGGAGAACAAUGCUGGGUGAACUUAAUUGGAUAUUUACAGCAAUUACUGACACAAUCGCAUGGAACACUUUACCAAGAGAUUUAUUCCAAAGAUUAUUUAGACAAGAUUUAUUAGUUGCUAGUUUGUUUCGAAAUUUUUUACUUGCUGAACGGAUACUUCGAUCAUAUGACUGUACUCCAGUUUCUUGUCCAAAACUACCACCUACUUAUCAGCACCCUAUGUGGCAAGCAUGGGAUUUGGCACUUGAUCUUUGCUUAGCACAGUUGCCAUCUAUUCUUGAAAAUGAAGAUCAAUUUGUACAUUCGCCAUUUUUUGAAGAGCAACUUACAGCCUUUCAAGUAUGGCUGACCUUAGGUUCUAAAAAUCGUAACCCUCCAGAACAGCUGCCAAUAGUACUUCAAGUGUUGCUUAGUCAAGUUCAUAGAUUAAGAGCAUUAGAAUUAUUAGGAUGUUUUCUUGAUCUUGGUCCAUGGGCAGUGAACUUGGCUCUUAGCGUAGGCAUUUUCCCGUAUGUCCUAAAAUUACUUCAAAGUAAUGCUAGAGAAUUGCGCCCAUUGCUCGUUUUUAUUUGGGCAAAAAUUCUUGCAGUUGACAGUACAUGCCAAGCAGAUCUUGUACGAGAUGGCGGGCACAAAUAUUUUUUAUCCGUUCUUCAGGAUACUUCGAUACCGAGUGAACAAAGGACGUUAGCAGCAUUCGUUUUGGCCAGUAUUGUAAAUGAUUAUCGACCAGGUCAAAUAGCAGCUAACCAUGGUAGCCUUGUUUCAAUUUGCUUAGAACAACUUGGAGAUUCAAACGCUUUAUUAAGACAGUGGCUAUGUUUAUGUCUUGCGAGACUUUGGCACAAUUAUGAUAAAGCAAGGUGGUGUGGAGUUAGAGAUAUUGCUCAUGAAAAGUUAUUUACAUUAUUACAAGAUCCAGUUCCUGAGGUCCGAGCAGCUAGUGUUUAUGCUUUGGGCACAUUUAUAAACAGUGUGACAACUCGAAGCGAACAUGCAAAUAAUAUUGAUCAAAUUAUUGCUAUGACACUUAUUAAUACUGUUUCGCAUGACAUGUGCCCUUUAGUUAGAAAAGAAUUAGUAGUAGCACUUCAAUGGAUGGUUUUGCAUUUUGAAAAUUCGUUUGUCACUUUAGCUUUGGCCGAAGAAAAUAGCCGAAAAGAUCUCGUAGUGGAAACGUUAUCACCAUUUAGUGGAAUGAGGCGUAUUAGUUCUAGAGACAGAUUAAAGAUGCUUUCUCCUAACAACACCUAUAGUGUGGACAGUACAGAUGGGUUCACUCAAGAUCGUAUCAAAAGAGUGUCAUCGUCGUCCUCCAUUAGUAGUUUAGGAAAUAAUUGGGAGUUCGUGAGGAAACCUUGCGAGUCACUUGGGCACAGCUCUCUUGGAAAUCUACCAAGCCUUUCUUAUGGUAGCAUAUACAUGAAAUUAUGGCAUGGAUUAUGUAAUCUUGACAAUGAUCCUCAUCCCGCGGUUGCCACAAUGUCACAAAAGGUCACUAAUCAUAUUCGAAAUCAGGUUAAAGAAUCAUCUGCGCCCAAAGAAGUAAUUGAAACAAAAAUAUCUUCAUCAUUAUCUCUUCCACCUUCACCUUCAAAUCGCACUACAUACUUAAGCAAUAGCAAAGGAGAAUCUCCGCCGACAGUAAAUUCUGGGUCAGAUUUAUUGCGUUCCUCAAGAAUACCAUCGCAUAACAAUCGUUCAAGAAAGCCAAUUCCUAAUACUAUAUCGGAAGAAGCUGACGAAGUUGCUGGUAUUAAAACACCAUUGAUAACUUCGCAAUUUGUUGAAUGGAGUUGUGCUCAAUUUGCUCAACCUUCUGUUAGUUUAGAAAAUGAGAUAGAAUCAAUGAGUGAUAUGGAAAGUAGAGCCCAUUAUGAAAGAGAAUGGCGGUAUUUAAGAAAUAAAAAACAAAGACGAGAAACAAGAGAAGAACAAUUACGAUCAGUACAAAGUAAAGUGGAGUCGCAAGUGUUUCAUGCAAGAUGUCCACACUCUCCAGAAGUUUUAAUGUUUCAUCCUUUUGAACCUCAUCUGGUUGUGGCAUUAAAAGAUUGUUUUGGUGUAUGGGAUUGUCAGACUGGUGCAAAAUUGACUUACUGUGCAAGCCGCGGUAAUAAAAUGUCGCGUAUCACAGCUUUGGAAUUUAUCAAUGCUCACGAUGUAUCUUUAUUGAUGACGGGAUCUGAUGAUGGUUCUGUUAGAGUUUGGAAGAAUUAUAGUAGUAUGUUGAAUCGUGAUCCAGUUUUACUUACCGCUUGGCAAGCAUUGGCUGAUAUACAGCCAACAACGAAAACCACGACUGCUGGAUUAGUUACAAAAUGGGAACAGAGAUCCCUUACAUUAGCAGUAACAGGUGAUGUGCGGUUUGUUAGACUAUGGGACGCAGAGACUGAAUUGAAAAAACAAGAUAUACCGACAGGUGCUGAUUGUUGUGCUACGUGCAUUGAUGUUGACGGUACAGGUGUAAUGAUGGCAGUAGGUUGCGGAGAUGGUUCUGUUCGCUUAUUCGAUAGAAGAUUACCUCCAUUAGAAUCAAGAGUCAUGAUUUGGAGAGAGCAUACAGCAUGGGUAUUAAGUACAUCUCUCAGGAAAUUUGACAGAUCUGCACCACAAUUGUUUACCGGAUCAUCUUCAGGAGAUAUUAGAAUAUUUGAUCUUAGGAAAAAUUCUUCUAUAAGCACGGUGCAAAUAACGCAAGGUAUAACGGCAUUGGCAGCGCAUGAAAUGGCAGAUAUUUUUGCAUGUGGGUCAACAAAUCAUUGUAUAAGUAUUUAUAACACUAUGGGUCAACAUCUAAAUACCAUAAAAUUCCACGAAGGAUUUAUGGCUACCCGUAUUAGUCCUGUAAGUUGUUUAAAUUUUCACCCCUAUCGUGUGAUUCUAGCAGCUGGAUGCGUUGACAGUACCAUUACUGCAUAUGCAUCUGAACCAAGGAGAUGACUAAUAGAGAUGGAAUUGCAGUAAAAUUGUUUUCGAAAAUAUUUAUAAAUUCAUGGUACUUGAUAUCCUUAGCAUUAGUAGCGAACAAAAGAAACUCCAAGAUAGAAAUAUUCGAGUUGAUUUUAAAUAUCGGAAUAUGACUUCUAAUAUUUCCAAUUACGUAUUUAUGUUUUUCUACUGCGUUUUCCUUGUACAAAGGAUGUUUUUUGGUAUUAGUUUCAUCGUAUGAAACUAAUAAUAGGUUUGCGAUUGUGCAACGUAUGGAUAAAGUAACCAAAGUCUGUUUAGACGACCAAAGAAAAUGAAACAGGAAAUACGCGUACACAAAAAUGCAAUUUUUUUAAAAA